AUGGAUUCCAUAAAAGAGAUCCUCCUCCCCUUCUUCAUUUUCAUCAAGGACAGAGUCCUUCUCCUAUUGCGCGUACGUAUCUUCGCAGAGGAAGAAGUAGAUGCAUUCAUUCAGUCUAUAUCGCCAGAAUAUGCGCCUUUCUGGCAUAUUAUCUACACGGCCUUGAGCAAUUCUAUCUUUUAUGGAGGAUAUUCCUAUCUUAAUCCUACAUCAUGGGGUCGAUGGUCACUGUCUGGAAUCAUCGCCCUUGCAUUACUCGAAGUCGCCUGGUGCUGUUACUUCGGUACUAAGGAGGGAUGGUCAUCGAAAAAUAUAAUGGUGGUUGUGGGCUCUUGCUUCAAAGUAAUGAUUUACUGUUUGGCGAUAUUGAUCGUAUGGUGGAAAUAUCAACAAUCAAAACGGAGAAGACGCCUUGGCAUGGAGCCUGAAGUCAAAAUAAAAGACGAAUAUCCUCAGCAUUCAUUCGAGGACAAGCGAGAACUUCAAGCCUCUGACCUCAAUGAGAAAGGAACUUGA